GUCUUGGGAGAAUGAAAAUUCUAGGGGGAAGGGGAGGAGGGCAGUGAAAUCACAACAGACUUAAAAAGCCACUUGCCCCAGGCCUAACUCACCACCACCCAACCCUCCCCUCUAAUUACCCCUGGCCCCCAGGAAGUUUUCAAAGCUACCACAUUACUGGCAACUACCCAGUGCCUGAGGGCAACACAGGGGGUAUGGGAAGUAUGACCCAGACCCUGCCUGGGAAGCAAAAGAGAAGAAAAUUCUGGUUUAAGCUCUCUUCUGAAACAGAAAGUACUAGAAGUGGGACCCUGAGGGGAUGCAGGGGAUCCGGUAGCUGCAGCUAUGUGUCCAAAUCCCUCCUCUCACUUCUCCUGCUGAGUGGCCUUGGGCUUAACCAUGUUAAUGCUGACUCCAAGCCAUUCUCCUUGGCAGGAUGAGAGUGGCAGCUACAUCAGCUUCAGCAGGAAAACCAUCCGUCUGCCACGCUGGCUGGGGGUGCCCUCCAAGGAGAUCCGUGAGUAUCUACACAGCCCCACCCCCUCAUCUGUGCUCAGGCAGGAUGUCCCAAGGUCUCUAUUCCCAGUGCUACAGGCCCCAGAGAAACACAGGUGCCCCGAAGACCAAGUGUGGGCUCAGCAAGCCCUGCCUAGACAACUUCUUCGCAUUUAAAAUCAGCAGUGGGGCUGCCAAUGUCGUGGGCCCCUCUAUGUGCUUUGAAAAUGAAAUUAUCAUGAGUCCAGUGAGAAACAACGUGGGCAGAGGCCUGAACAUUGCUCUGGUGAAUGGAACUACAGGACAGGUGCUGAGAAAGGGCAGCUUUGACAUGUACUCUGGAGAACCCAAACUCCUGAUGAACUUCCUUGAAGAAAUUCCAGAUAGCACGCUGGUGCUGGUGGCCUCCUAUGAUGACCCAGGCACCAAAAUGAAUGACAAAAUCAGGAUGAUCUUCUCCAACCUGGGGAGUUCCUAUGCAAAUCAGCUGGGCUUCCGGGACAGCUGGGUCUUCUUAGGUGCCAAAGACCUCAAGAAUAAAAGCCCCUUUGAGCAGUUCUUAAAGAACAAUCCAGAAACAAACAAAUAUGAAGGAUGGCCAGAGUUACUAGAGCUGGAGGGUUGUGUGCCACGGAAGGUAUUUUAGGGUGGCCAUGGCCCUUCCGGGCCAGGGAGCCAAAGAAAUGCCCAACUGACUUAAGAGCGGAGCCCAGGAUUGCUGGAUCUGUGCUGAUGGUAGCUGUCUAGGAGGAAGAAAGGGAGAAGCCAUAUGAGAUGCGCUGACCAUCCUCCCACACAAUGUGACUUACUUCCUCUCUGAGGAAACAACAGCCUCCCACUACCCUACAAGGACCAGCUUGGAGAUGGGCAGCUGCACAGGGCCUGUGGAACCAGCUGUGAGGGAGACAAGUGAGACCUUCCAAGACUGUCCAUGGUUAUCUCCAGAAGGACUGGCUGCCUACACUUGAGCAGGAUUAAAUUCUAUUUUUGCUGAA